UUCAUUUCUGGACCAGAGGAGGCGCAGGAUGUGGUUUCAGUAAUGGAUCAGUAUGCCGAGGCAUCAGGUUCCAAGGUCAAUCAGGACAAAUGUGAACUUCUCUGGAUGGGCAGGGAGGGUGAGAGCUUCUCACUCCCGGAAGCCUUCCCGGUGCCUCAGCCGAACAUCAAAGUGUUGGGCAUCAAUUUUUGCCCUGCUGAUUACAGCAAGCAAAAUUGGGAAUCCAAGCUGUCGGAUGUCGAGGUCAAAGUGAGAUGCUGGAAGGGGUGGUGGCGGCUCUCCUUGAGGGAAAGGGUUGAUUUGAUCAAGACUUUCCUGCUCCCAGUCUUUUUGUACGUCAGCUUCGUUUGCCUCUUGCCAGAAUCGCUCUAUACGAGGAUCUAUAGCUGUUUUUUUCCAGAUGUUAUGGGGGAAUCAGCUGAACCUCGUCAAGAGGGACGUGACUUACUCAUCCAGGCGGGAGGGUGGCCUAGGUAUGGUCAACCCGGUGGUCUUUUUUCUCUCUGAUGUUCUUGAAACAUAACUUUGGUAACAUGUUGGCAGAGAGACCGCCUGCCUGCAUGGGUAGGACUGUUCCGGAUCUGGUUUGGACCCUUUCUGCGCAGUUGGGAGAGUGGCGGGCCAGUGAGAAGCCUGCGGGUCAAGCAUGGAGGCUCCUGGGUGAGAGGAUUGUGGCAUCUGCUUUCCAUGCGCCGCUGGCCUUGAGAGAUUGCCCGGGCCAUGUUUUGAGGGAGGGUUUGCGGUUGA